AUGGUAAAUUUCGCCCAAUGCUGCCCUUGGCUAGCAGCAAAAACACUCCCUGGUCAUUCUUCCAUCUGGCGAAGCCGCUUCACUGACCUUUACGACGUUAUUCGACAUUAUGCUUCCGAUGAAGUCAAAGUUGAAUAUCAAAUUCGAGCCAUUGUCCUCUCACAAUCCAUCAGUUUUAAAUUCGGCCAAAAGGAGGCCCAGACUCUCUGGCUGGAAGUCCUACGAGAUUUGCUACGUGAAUCAUACUGUCUUCUAGAAUCGAACGGGCCAUUCACUUCUAAGAACCACCAAAAGAUUCGAGACAUACUCUCUAGCUCUGAAUUUCUGAACAGGCCCGUCAGCGGCUACAGUCAGAAGGAUGCAGGCCCGCCUUCCGAUCUCUUCUGUGCAACCCAGUUGUGCCUGACCGGUUUAGCUCUGGAUCCUCUAAUGUCUGUUCAGUGUCUGAGGACAGACUAUGACGUUGGCGUCGUCUAUGAUUACAGGGCUGAGAACAGCAGACCAAUUGUGCUUGAGAAUAAGAUCGACCUGGAGAAGUUACUUCACAUACGCAACUUCUGGCUUCGUCAUCUUCUCUGCCCAACUGAAGCGACCUUUCACGCUUCUUAUAUUAACCUGGCUCCACGCUACAAGCCCAGAUCAUGGGGUGAGCUUGCGCCUUCUGAUGAUGAAUUGCCAUGGAUGGGUUAUGCAUCAUGCGUCCACCCAUACCCGAGAUCUCUGAAGAUCCUCGAGGAUCGCCAGACAUGCGCUGAUCUGGAUACUAAUUGUGCACAAGUCCGGUUUCAGUCUCUUUUAGUGAAACCCGAUCCCAACCCCUUGAAUUGGCCACCUAUACUUCAAUCAGUAGUUCCUCUUGAUCCUCUGAACUUCGAACGAUCAUAUUUCCGUGGAACACGGAGGACACCUGAUUACGUCGUUCAGCCCCCAGAUCUGGUGCGAGGAUUCUGUGAACCGAUUGCCGAUUUUCAAGGGGGCUUCUCUGGCUGGCGUCGCAUUUGCUUCGUGAUAUAUCAAUGGGAUCAAGAGCAGCCGCCCGUUCCUUCUGCUCAUGAUGGCAUAGAGCCCGCUUUGGAUGAGAACGCAUGGCUUUUCGAGGCAAAAUGGCCGCCACCGGACUUUGAGUCUGAUUUUUACUUGGUACAGGUUUACGAGGGCGUCAUCCUACCGGAAGGUAGAAUAAUGAUCGGAACUUGGAUAGAUCUGCUGGAGACACUGGACAAGGGUCCGUUUAUCUUCUGGAAACGAUGA